AUGGAGAAGGGGCCCUUCUCGGUGGAGUGGCUGGCCCAGAGCAGCCGCGGCGGAGCCCGAGAGAUGCCCGGUGAGUCCCGGCCGUGCCCUCUGGGUCCCCCCGCACGCCGGCGAGCGCGGCGCUUUCGGUCACCGCGGGCGGGGCACGGCCGCCGCUGUGUCACCGCCCGCGGGGCCAGGGGCCCGCCGAGGGAAGGGUCCCCCCUUCAGACGCCCCCAUCUGUCCCCGCAGACUCGCCCCGGGAGCGGGAGGCCGCGGAGCGCCCCGGGCACGGAGCGGUGUCGGUGGGCGCCGCGCCCGGGCGGCCCCGCACCAAGUUCUCGGCCGCGCAGCUGCAGGAGCUGGAGCGCAGCUUCCGCGAGCAGCGCUACAUCGGCGCCGGCGAGAAGCGGCGCUUGGCCGCCGUGCUGAACCUCUCCCAGAGCCAGGUAAAAACCUGGUUUCAGAAUCGUCGUAUGAAGUUCAAACGCCAGACUCAAGAUGCCAGGAUCGAAGCUCUUUUCUCGGGCUUGUUUUUGCCCUAUCGUUGUUACCCAGACAUGGCUACAUCCAGCUAUCCUCAUGGGGUGGAUGUCGAUGUCUCUGCUACCUCUGCUGUUUCCCUUCACCCAGCUGUGCCAAACCCUGCUUUGUUGUUACCUUCUGUUCCAGCUCAGUCUCUUCAGCCAGUUUUGCCAAGUCCAGCUUUACUACUGCCUCCCGGGCCAGGAUUAUCUCGUUACUCUUCUGUGCUUCCAGCAGUGACUCUAACCACAGAACAUAAAAGACUGAUGUUCCAACCAGAUCUUCCUUCCUGUUAA